GCUCUUCCCCACCGCCGUCUGGUCUAAACCCGACCCUGCAGUCUGCCUGCUGCCGCCAUGCCCUAGAGCUGCCGCCGUGCCGUAGCUUAGGAAUCACCGCCGGCGCCUCAACUCCUCCUUCUCUCGCCCGCCGCUCCCGCGACAUCCCGUCCCUGCUGUCUCCGCCUCGUCGGCCAUUUUUGACGUUGGUGCUUGAGGUACGAGAUUUUCCACCCCGCACCGAACCCCGCAAAUUCCGCACCGGCGCACCAUAUAGCGGUCUCCCCUCCUCCUUUUGGUCCAUCUCGCUGCGGAGAUCCCCAGCCCCCUCGCUCUUCUUCCUCCUCGCGCUGGCACCACUGGAUUCCAGUAGCGCAAGCGCCGCCGGCGCCGGUUGAUCUCCCCUUCGAUUCUAUUGCUGCCGAACCGUUCCUCCUCCCCGUUUUAUCUCCCCUAAUUCGCAACUGGGGCAAAAUCAAGCUAGGGCGGCCGCCCUACCUAGCCCUAUCGUGCUACUGAAGCGGAUGGCCAAUACCCGAUCAGGAGCUGGGGCGCAAAAAGAUGGAGCAGGGGACACUGGUGCUGGUACCAGCAGCACAAGGAAGGCGAGCGCCGCUACCAAAGCAAAAGCCCCCAAAUCUGCAAUGGCCUCCACCUCGUCUGCCAGUGAGCUGGAGUCUAGGAGCUCUGCGCGCCAAGCAAGUGAUGUGCAGGAGCCAAACCUCAGGAGGUCGAGCCGAGAAACAAGGGGAAAGAACCCUAAUCUAAAAGGCGCUGCCGGUCCUUCUACGCCGGUUUCACAGAAAUCUACGAGGGGGGCUGAUACCCCAAAAUCCUCAGCAAAGAAGCUAAAAGGAGUAGCAGAAUUGACAGCCAAGGCUAGUACCCCAAGAAUGUCCAACAGAGUAAAGAACAGCAGUGUAUCAGGUUCUACUGCUUCAAACGAUUCAAAUGGAAUUUCUAGUCUGGUGGCUACUCCCAACAAGACUGCAAAAAGACAAAUUGAUGAACAUGACUCAAUGAAGAAUAAACAUGAUGGCUCCGAGAGUGGUAGCAGGCCAUUGAAGAAACAGAAAAGGCUGACCGGAAGGAACUAUGCAAAACUCUUCAAGAAAUGUUCUGAAGUAAAUGAAAUAUCCCCAGUUUCUGCUCCCAAAGUGGAUGAGGGAAAUAUUUCCAUGGCGCACACAGAAGAUAAUGUCUCUGUUUCGGUGUAUGAAGAAAGUGACGCGCAAGAACAAGAUAACCAGGCGCGUUUAAGUCAAGCCGUCAAUAAAAUUUCGAAAGGUUCUACUUCUGGCUUGCAUGAAGCUCCCAACAUGACAUUGGAGACAGAUUGGAAUUCUGCUCCUGUUUCAGAGGCGCUUAUGCCUACUGAUCUGUGCUCAGAAGUUAAUGUGGCUGACAGCAGUCUUGCAAUGGAAGCUAAAGAGCAAACUGAUGGCUAUUCGAACGAAAGCUUGGUACCAGAAUCACCAAAUAGUCCUAACUCCAAUAUUGAUUCUAAUGAGGCCAAGAAGUCAAUUGAAGAAGAUUAUUCCAUUAGGAUUCAAGAGGCUUGUGCUUUGAAGCAGACUGAAGUUACCCAAUGUGAUGAAACAGAUUGUGACGAACACAUCUGUGUUGUUUGCAGAAGUGCGGAAACUCCAGGAAUUCUUAAGUCUUGUGAUGGAAAUGUCUGCAAAAGAAAGUUCCAUAUUUCUUGUCUGGGUUUUCCCUUGGAAUGUUUCUCUCUUGGUAUCUGGUUGUGCAGUAUAUGCUCUAAAGAAAGACUCCUGUCUGGUGUGUAUACAGCCAGUGGGGGAGUUGAAUCUUUGUGGGAUGUCAAGGAGGGAGUGCAGAACUGCAAGCAAUAUUUUGUGAAGUACAAGAAUCUAGCUCAUGUACAUAAUCGUUGGACUCCAGAAAGUGAUAUAGGUCAUGAUCUUGUCUCCAAAUUUAGUAAGAAAAAUCAAAAAGAAAAGACAAUAAUGUGGAGGCAGGAAUGGGCUGAACCACACCGCUUAUUGAUGAAAAGAUCACUUAUGCCUCCAAAAGAAGCUGAAGAAUUUUUUCAUUCAACUGGCGAUAAAUUGGCAUUUUGUAAUGUCGAAUGGUUAGUCAAAUGGAAGGAUCUCGGCUAUGAGCAUGCUACAUGGGAACUUGAUACUUCAUCAUUUUUAUGUACGGGUGAGGCUGAGGAGCUCAAGAGGAACUAUGAAAACCGCCAUGAAGCUGCAAGAAAAGCUUCUGACACUGCAAAGAUAAAGAAGGCUAAGCAAAGUCCAUUUCAGAAACUUCGGAGGUUGCCAGACGGGUGUCCUCCUGGUUUAGAUAACGUUCACUUGAGUUCGCUUAAUCAGCUCCGUGAGUUCUGGCACAAUUCUCGUGGCGCUAUCUUAGUGGAUGAUCAGGAGCGUAUAAUUAAGACCGUUCUUUUCGCGAUGUCCAUAUUGCCUGAUGUCAGCUGCCCACUUCUUAUUGUCUCUACUUCUGUCUCAUUGUGGGAGGCCAAGUUCAAUCGCUUGGCACCAUACAUCAAUGUAGUUGUGUACAAUGGGGAGAAAGACGUGCGUAAAACAAUUCGUGAUUUGGAGUUUUAUGAUAAUGGUUCUAUGAUGUUGCAAGUUCUCUUGGCCCACCCUGAUGCUAUCCUGGAGGACAUCGAAACCAUGAAAUGCAUUGUUUGGGAGGCGGUUAUAGUUGAUGAUUGUCAAAUCUCAAGAGUUUCAAAAUGCCUUGAACAACUUAAGCAUCUCCUCGCCGAUUUUAGGAUGGUUCUGUUGAGUUCCCCACUUAAGGAAAAUAUUGUUGAUUACAUCAACUUGCUAUCUUUUGUCAACUCUGAAGGAAAUGAUAUGUCUAGCAUUUCAAAUGUUAAUUCUAUUGACACACCUGGCACCAUAGCGAUGCUGAAAUCAAAACUCGCGCUUCACGUUGCAUUUGAGCGGAAAGCAGACUCUUCGAAAUUUUUGGAGUAUUGGGUCCCUGCUCGGCUCUCACGAGUGCAGCUAGAAAUCUACUGUUAUACCUUACAUUCAAACUCCUCAGCACUCCGAUCACAUUCGAAAACUGAUAGUGUUGGCGCUCUUCGUGACAUGCUUUUGUCCCUCCGGAAGUGCUGUGACCACCCUUAUCUAGCAGAUCAAAUGCUGCAAGCCUCUCUUACCAAGGACCGCCCAGCAACUGAUAUCCUAGAUAUUGGAGUUCAUGCAAGUGGCAAGCUACUGCUUCUUGACAAAAUGCUGCAAGAGAUCAGGGGAAAAGGGAUGAGAGUUGUUAUUCUUUCCCAUGUUCAGCCCGGUGCUGGUGCUGGCAACCCAAUGGGUGAUAUUUUGGACGAUUUUGUCCGUCAAAGAUUCGGUUUUGAGUCAUAUGAACGUGUAGAGCGUAAUUUGCCUGCGCAGAAGAAACAUAUUGCAAUGAGUAUGUUCAAUGACAAGACUAAGGGGCGUUUUAUUUUCUUGAUCGAUAGUCGUGCCUGUCUCCCAAGCAUUAAAUUAUCAUCAGUGGAUGCCAUCAUCAUCUAUUGUAGUGAUUGGAAUCCAGCAAAUGACUUGAGAAUCCUCCAGAGGAUCAGCAUAGAGUCACAGUCUGAACGUGUGCCCAUUUUUCGUCUGUAUUCAUCUUGUACGGUGGAGGAAAAGGCUCUUAUACUUGCAAAGCAUGAUCAUGUUCUUGAUAGCAACAUCCAGAAUAUAACACCCAUCUUGAGCCAUUCUCUGCUUAGUUGGGGUGCAUCAUUUCUCUUCAGUAGACUCGAGGAGCUCAAAAACAAUACCUACUCUAGUAAAGAUUCUGAUGCUGAGAAACUGUUCAUGGAUGAUGUGCUUUUGGAGUCCUUAACAAAAUUAUCCACUAAAGUUGAUAUCAGCACUAAGGUGAGCAAUGCAGCCAUAUCACAAGCUGAUCUCAGUGGAACCUUUUAUUCUAGAGAUAUUGUUCUAUCAGGUGAGAGGGAAGGAAUCUCUGCACCGGAUGGUGAUCUGCCAAAGUUCUGGACCUUCUGGUUUAAUUUGCUAAAUGGGAAGUUUCCUCGUUGGCAAUAUAUAACUGAGCCAGAGCAUAGAUGCCGUAGGAAGAUACAAAACAUGGAAGAACAAGGGAAAGUUCCUGCCAAUGAAACUGAUGAAGCAAGUACAAAACGUAGAAAAAUUGCUGAAAUCGUGGAUCCAUCUCCAAAUGUUCUAGCUGGCAAAGACAAGGGAUCAAUGUUGCCUGAAAACUAUAUGGCAUCUAGUUCUCAGCAAAUAUCAGUUGGUGACACAUGGCAGGAACUAGGGGUGGAAAACCAACAUGGCACACAAAAAGGUCUCCAUGUCCAAUUGAGGCCAGAGCUCUCAAAGUUACAUAAAUUGUUGGAACUACCGGAGAGUGUUAAAUGCUUAUGUGAGGAAUUUCUUGAGUAUAUUUUGAAGAAUCACCAAGUCACUCAGGAGCCAAAGGGCAUACUGCAUGCAUUCAACAUUGCGCUGUGCUGGCGUGCUGCUUCUCUCUUGAAGCACAAGGUUAAUCGUCGAGAAUCAUUGGUCUUAGCUGCAAAGCAUUUGAACUAUGAGUGCAGUGAAGAUCUCGCUUCCUAUGUUUAUGACAAGCUAAGAAUCCUAAAGAAGAAGUUCUCACAUAGAGCAGGCGGAACAAGCAAGCACAAUCAAUCGACUUCAGUAAAGAACAUACCACCAUACCAGGAGGAGAUCUCACCUAAAUCGGGAUAUGAUGAACCAACGGUGGCAACUGUCGAGGGUAAUUUAGAAAAUGGAUCACAUCAGGAGGAUACACAUGAUUUAUUGAUAGAAGCGAUCGUACCAGGAGAGAAGGAAAUGCUAUUUGUUCCAGAGGCUCAUAAAAAUCAACAUCUAUCCAAGGAUGUACUUCUUGGCAGAAUCACGGAGAAAAGAAUUCAUUUAGUUAAUAUGGUUUUUACCUUAAGAGAAAAGAAUAUCCGUGAAACACAAGCAAACGAGGUAGCAAUGUUAGACAUGCACAGGCAUAACAGAGUGAUUAAACUGAGAGAAGCAUGUAAAAUAGUUGUUGAACACCUUCGCAAGAGUCACGCUGAUCCAGGCAGGGAUUGUCAAAUAAAGCUAAUUAUUGAAUGGUUCACUAUGCUGCUAUAUGCGUAUCUGGAGCACAUCAGAUACCAGCAUGAGAAGCUUUACUUGCUGCAAUCUAGUGUGUGGACCAAGGAGUUACAGUUGAAGGAAAAUUUCCUCCAGGAAGCAAAAUUUGGCCAAUUAGGUGAUACUUUUGAUCAACACAUUCCUUUACCAGAUUCAGGCUUUUCUAUGGAGGAAUUCAGCCACUUUAGUUGCUGUGUUGAUACAUUUACUUUGGCAAACUGUUCGCAGUCUUUGGAUGAUAUCUCAGCAAUGGAAAUUACGUUGGUUCGAAGUGUGAUUCCAUCUGAAGUUACCAAUGCAGAAGUAGCGAGAAAUGGGUCUGCUGAAGUUCUUAUCCACACUGAAGGAGGGCCGGCAUCAGAAGGUUCUGGUCUGACGGAGAACAGGAUCCAGAGUAAUUCUGAUGUCAUUGACUCACAAGGAGGGGCUUCUUUGACUGUUCAACACGAAUUCAGUUCUAGUUCUGUAUUUCACAAUUCCAUUAAUCAGGCAUCUUCAGGUGGUGAGCAUAGAGGGACUGAACAUGUUGAGGGAGAGAGUGGUGUGGGUUUGCAGCCAUUACUUGGAGGUACGAAUCAACAAAUAGGAGGUGCUGGAAUGGAAGUCAACACCAGCAAUGGAGACAGCACUCUUGCAGAUACCCCUCACAUUGAACCACCACAAACUAUGGCCCCUGUACCCGGACAGGCUUCCUUGCAAAUGUCUAAGGAAGUUGAUGCAAUUGCAAUGCAGUCAGACCAAUCAAGUGUAGCGCUAGCACAACCUCUGCAAGAAGAGGCAGAACAAGCAGGUCUGUGUGGUUCAGCAUCAGCUGAGACUUUGCAAUCUGAAACACAACCAUCAUCAUCUAGGGAAAUUGAAACUCAGGCAAAUCUGAUAAUUCAAUCUGCCCAACCAAGUAUAACACCAGCACAACUUCCACGAAGAGAAGCCGAACAAGCAGGCCUAUCUCAUGUAGCAUCAGCUCCGUGCAUGCCAACUGGAAUGCAGCCAAUGACUCAGGUGUCCAAUAUUCUGCUCGAAAGAACACGCCCUGAUCUGAGUGAACCCAGUCAUCGACCAGAGGUUGCACCUGGUUCUGUGCAGUCGGCACAACUCUUUCCGGUGGCAUCGAUGAUGUUUAGUCAUCCACCAGUUGGUGACGAACCACUGAAAAAUGAGGUGCACAGGUUGCGGUUAUACAUUGACUCGCUUAACAAAACCCACGAACUGAAGCAAUCACAACUUCAGACGGAGUGUACCCAAGAAAUGGAGAAGGUAAAACAAAAGUAUGAUUUGUUGCUUCAAGAAGAAGAUUCCACUCAUCUUCAGCAAAAGAAGACUCUUGAUGAUUUAUGUGAGAAAGUUCUCCUCAACCAGUCACUAGCUGACGAUUUUCGGGCCAAAUUCAUAUCUUCUUCUGGAGCACAAGCUAGAGCCCAUAGCCCUCCAAUUCGCCAGGCACCUCAGGCUUCUCAGCAAAUUCCGACAAGGCCUUCGGGGGUGACAUUGACUGCACCACCAAUUGUGUCAUCGUCACCUGGUCGAUCACCAUUACAGGUCGAUCGACCAUCCUCAUUAUUACAGGUGUCUCGUACAUCAUCGCCAUCUUCACACACAGUCCGACCGGGUCCGUCCAUACCAGCCAACCUUGUCAGAUCUGCAUCAGCUCCUUUUAGUCAAACACCAGCCGCGUCGCGUGGAAGCUAUGGAGUCCAGGGUGAACUAGCACGAGCACCUGCUCCUCAUCUUCAGCGCAGGUUGCCUCCACGGGCGCAUCAGCAGCAGCUUCCAACUAGGCUGGAGGGCGCAUCUGCAAGGACACAGUCGACUCCUGCGACUCCAGUAAGACAAUCACCUUCACAUGCACUUUCCCAAGGCAACCCAUCACCGUCAAGUUCGCUCUCAAGUUCACACCCGAUUACACCAGCAGCCGUGAGACCAUCGAGUCCACAUCAAACCCACCAGGGACCACCACCUCAGUCGUCAAGUUCAAAUCCAACUCGCCUGCUACCGCCAUUAUCUUCAAUUUCAUGUGCAUCUGCGCAACUAACACCACCACCAGGUUUCAAUACAUCGUCCAGCAUCGUGUCCUCAGUCGCAUCGAAUGUGCUGCCAAGUGGGUGUGUAGGGCCUUCUGUUUCAGGCACGCGGCAGUCUGAUUCUGAUUCAGUAUCUUUGGAUAAAUGGCUUAACAAAAACCUUGGCUUGAGCAGUGAGCCCCCGGGCGCAACGGCUGGCACUGAUCUGGUAUGCUUGUCUGACGAUGAUGAAUGAAGGUAGCAGCAUAACCGGAGGGAGUAGGCGAACAACCUGAGUGAACCCCCUUGAUCCGUGGGGAAUCUGACCCGGAAUGCAUACUGCCGUUAGUACUGUGUCGAUGCAUACUGCCGUUAGUACGGACUCCAUAGAUCGAUAAUAGUACGUUGUCAUGCUGUUUGUGCUACUGUGACACCGUUUCGGAAUUCCUGGCCACGCACAAUGUCGAUGGAUUGCAAACCAGCGGAUGUUUAAUGUAGGUGUAUGGCAAUGGUGGUGUUUCUUUUUUCUGUUGUACGUAACAUGACUGGCGUUGUAUAGUAGACUUGUCUGUAGCAGGACAAUGUACUCACGCCCAUUCCGGUCACCUCAUGAUGCAUAGUCUCACCAUACGGCCUUGUUUGGUGUUAGUGUAUUUUUUA